AUGUGGCAGCAGCAGCAGCAGCAGCAGCAGCAGCAGCCUCCUCCUCCGCCGCCGCCGCUGCUGUCGGGGUCGGUGAUGGAGGCCGAGCGGGCGGUGGUGGCGGCGGCGCGGGCCGGGCAGGCCUCGGUCCCGGGGGAGCAGCCGCCUCAGCCGCCGCCGCUGCCCCAGCAGACGCCGCCGGCGCCGGGCCGCGGGGAGCUCAGCCUGCCGGGCAUCCUGCACUUCAUCCAGCACGAGUGGGCGCGCUUCGAGGCCGAGAAGAGCCGCUGGGAGGCGGAGAAGGCCGAGCUCCAGCCAGAGCCACUGACCGGGCCCUUGUCUCUGCCAUUUCCUUCCACAGAAAACGGAAUCCCAACCUCGGUCACGUUCUCCAGCACCGACCCUGCGCAUGCUGUGGCCGCCUUCCAGACGGGCGACGCUGUUCUCUACGACGUGGAGGCCACCUGCCCCAUCCUGACCUUGGAAUCGAGACCAGCCAGUGGAACCAGCCAGAUCAACCAAGUCGUGAGCCACCCAACCGAGCCGGUCACGAUCACGGCCCACGAUGACCGAGGCAUCCGCUUCCUAGACAAUCGGACAGGAAAAGUUGCGCACUCCAUGGUGGCUCACCUGGACGCUGUCACCUGUCUUGCUGCGGAUCCCAACGGAGUCUUUCUUAUGUCAGGAAGCCACGACUGCUCCCUUCGGCUGUGGAACCUCGACAACAAGACCUGCAUGCAGGAGAUCACGGCCCACCGCAAGAAGCACGAGGAAGCCAUCCACGACGUGGCCUUCCACCCUAGCAAGGCUCUGAUCGCCAGCGCUGGGGCCGAUGCCCUCGCCAAGGUCUUCAUAUGACCAGGGGCCGUGGCUUGCAGGUGUGUGUCGCCAGGACUCCUCACCCACUUUCUCUGGCCCAGCCAGUGGUGCUAAUGCUUCCUCUCUCUGCCAAGGGCACCUCGCGCCAUCUCCGCCUCAGCUCAGGACUGACCCCUGCUGGACAGCGGUGGCUAGGACAGAAAAGGCAGCCCUUCCUUGAUCUCUCGGGUUCACCUUUUCAACCAGCACUGGAAAUUCUUUUUCUGCUUGUUUUCAAGGUCGCCUGGUUUUUAUUUCCCAGCUCGGGGAGCGGAGCCGAAAAUCCUCCCGGACGGUUGCGGGGGCUGGGACUUUCAAGGAAGGGCUUGUGGCAGGCUUUCGUGUACUGCCUUGGGCAAAGGUGUUAGAAAUCCUCGCGUCCCCCCUGCCACCCUUUGGGCCCGUGACUGUUUUGUAUUUUUAACCACCCAAUCGCAGCUGCUUGGGAGGAGGGGACAUAACCAGCUGUGCGGAGGGUGCCCUGCAGGUUUAGCACAGAAGCGCGCCUGGCCGGUGCACGCCCCUCAUCGAGCUGCGGUCCGGAACUCUUUUGUCUCCUGGCGAAACUCCCUCCUCUUGAGCUGAAGGAGGGACAACAUGUGAACAGAACAGCACCACCAUCACAAUUCCCCAGCACUGGUGGGCUGCCGCCAUGGCUGGUGAGGCGUACGUGGAUUCCUUGGGACGAUGGGGAGAUCUGGUGCCGCUUUGGAGGCCAAAGGGCUACCCCGUGACUCUUCCCUGCGUCCCUCCACUGUCGUGUUCCUGCCUCUUCAAAUGUGUCCCUCUUGAGGAUUCUGUCUCCUCCCCCACAAAAUACCUGUAGUGUGCAUGACUCCCAGGAAGAAUGGCUGUCGUCCGUCAGGUGGGCCAGCUGCUUCCUGCCUGUGCUGCUCUUUUGCCCUCAGGGAACGGGGGGGGAGGGGAAGGAGAAGCAUACAGCAGUGUAAGCGAACGGGCGAUAGCCAGCCUUGACCGGUAAGCAAGUUGGUAGCCCGUGGCAAGCCAGGUCUGAGCCUGUAGCCUCCCCAGUUGCCGAGUGAGCAGGAAGAUGUCGUAGCAGAGCCUGGGAGAGCGUUGGGGCAGGAGCCAGAAUCAUCAGACGGAACGAGUUCCUGGUGAACUCAGGGUGCUGGCGGGCUGUUUGCGUGCAGACACAGACAGUCUUCAGUUUCUGCUGGGGCAGAAUGUUUCCGGGGGUGGGGGGGGAUCAACGAGUUCUGCCUCACUCUCACUUCCAAGGGUCUUGCGCCCAGAAAGGGGGACUACAAUGGCUUGACCGCUGCUUGCUUAAAUGGUGGCUGGGGGUAGGGUAGGCAGGACUUGGUGCAGUCCGGGGGGCCGGGGAGCGGCUGGCUUCCUCCCCUCUCAAGCCAUUGAUCACGCGAGUCCUUUCUGACCUCAGGCCUCCUCCUGGGUUCCCCCAUCAGCAAUAAACCUCUCUCUUUCCCACCGCCCAGUCACUUGGUUCCUGAAUCACAGCUGCAGCUUUGGGCCAUUCAGUUCCCCUCUUUUAGCCAGAGGCCAGGCACAGCUCCGGCCCCCGCUUGUGUUGAAGGGAAGGCUCCGGGGCCCCACCUGCGGGCUUCGCAGCUGGCUUUGCGUCCAUAAGGCAGACGGUUCAAACUCGCUGGGAAGGGGUACAGCUUGGAGCAGAGGCCUCGGGGCAGCCCUCCCGGUGUUCCUUCUGCCCUUGAAUUCUUCCUCCCUGUGGCACAACUUCACCCCUGCAGUUGGCAGUCCUCGCCAGGUGUAAGAAAAAGGCUGGGAACCUGGCACCUGUUGGCUUGGUGGCCAUGCCCUCUUCUUUGAGCGUGUUAGCUUAAGUUAGUUGAAUUCUUCCUCCCUGUGGCACAACUUCACCCCUGUGGUUCCCCUCUUGGGGAAAUGUCUUAAACAGCAGGGUGGAAAUGUCAUAGGGAACUCUGUCCUUCUGCUGGUUUGCGAGAACCUUCCAGGCCAGACCACUGGCUUCUUUUCGCAUUUCUGCUACGCCAGCGAUGCCGGACCUCUCAAGCUUCUGCCUUCACGGAGCCCUCAUGGCCGGAGGACUCUUUGGGGUAGUUCUGGGGAUCAGGAGAAUGGGGCUGGGAGAGGGGGCACAGCCAGAGCACCGUGAGGCGUGAGGCCAAGCUGAGCCCGUCACGCAACAUACUGAGACGAGAGAGCUCGCAAAGACGGUUGUUCCUUCUCUGCUUCCUUGCCAGGUGGGCUUCCUGUUUUUGAACAGCCGAGCUGGGGGGGGGGGGCGCCUCUCCGCCCCCUUGCCGCCGCCUUUCUUCCCCUCUCUUUCCCCCUCUUUUUUUCGUUUCUGUUUUUUUGCUUCGAUGCUCAAGGCAAAAAGACCCUUUUUCUUUGUACAUUGUGUAUAGUAGGGGAAAUUGGAUUUGCAAAACAAACACACAACACACCCACCCACACACCCCGGACACCCAAAGGGCUGUUGCUGAAGUAAUCACAAUCGCGUUAUCACUGUGUGAUAGUUUCUAUGAGCCAUGGUUUUUCACCUCUUUUUCUUUUCAAAACAAGGCUGAGCAAGAGCUAAAGCAGAGGGUGGGGUGAGUCAGGGGAAUGAGGGAGACACCCCCCCCUUGCAUGUCUGCUCUUUCUGGAUCUUGGCGGUUUCUCUCUUUCCCAAAUCUCCGGGCUCCAGCGCCCCCAACCACUAGCCGCUUCUAAAACUUCAGCCUGUUCUCCCCACCCCCCACUCUCCUGGGUCCCCGUCCAUAUUUGUGUGCUGUAUUUACCCCAAAUUAAGAGCACUCUUGCCUUUAAGAAACAAAACUCCCCCCCCCCGCCCCAAAAGCAUGUUAGCUUUUUAUUGUAUAUUUAUUUGAGCUUCCUUUGUCCUCCCUCCUUUUCUCUCUCUCUUUUUUUUGGUCCUGUUUAAUCAAAUGACUGAAAUUGUAUGUUGAAGGGGGAGGGGGGAACUGUCUCAUAAUAAUAAUUUUUAAAAAUCCUUUGGAAUAA